AUGAAAUGCGAAGUGGAUCGUCCCGUUACGCAAACGGCAGAGCCAAAUGGGAGCCAACAAAAUGUAGCCAAAAAUUACAUCAGUCACUUAUAUCAAUUCCAAAACAAUGAAAUGAAAAAAAUCGAUGCGUAUUGUGUAACUUUUAUACAAAAUAUAAAUUUUUUUAAAAAGAAUUUCCCAUUUAUCGAAAUUAUUUACAUCCCUUUUGACAAGACAUAUAAUGACUACAUAGCUUUCCUGAAAGGUACCGAUUUUUACAGCUUACCUUUUGAUAAUUAUCUCUACAUUUGCAAAAAAUUUAAUAUUAAAAAUUUGCCGUCUUUUAUGAUCAUAGCUCCCAACAACAAUGUGCUUGUCAGAGAUGCCGUGCAGCUCAUCAAAACGGACGCCUACGUGAAUAACUUCAAGUCGUUAGUAAAAAAUUAUACCGUUCAUCCGAGUCAGUUCAAAAUAGGGAAUCGCUUCUUCGACUUAUUUUGCGCUUAG